CCUGGGGAGGGCGGAGGCCUGCGCGGGAGCUCCUGCGAGUCGGGCCGCAGUGCCCACGCCGGCCGUCGCCGCCUCUUUUCAGGACUAAAUACUUCGAACAAAUGCUUGGGUAGCACAGGGCUGUUAGGAGCGAGCUGCAGAUCCUGACUCCUUUACACCUCUGACACCCCGAGGAUGUCGCAGCUUUAUUGUCCUCCCGAUUUUAUGUAGGAGAAAGCAGGUUCAUUCCGGGUCCGCGUGUUCGCACGACUGCAGCUCCCAUCGCUCAGGUCUACCGUAAUACCCGCACCUGCCGAGAAAUUAUGCGGAGCCCGGGUCACGGCGCAGGACUUGGUGUUGAAAGUUGUGGCUGCACGUCAGUUCUGCCGCCGAGAGGACAGGCUCUAGGAUCGAGCUGCUAGGGGUUGGGGGCCUGGCCGAAGUCCGCCUGCCUUUCCUUAGCUGUAAAAUGAAGAGCAUCGCGUGAAGCUGCUAUGAGAAUUAAAUAUCCUAGAACAGUGUCUGGCAUACCACGAAGGCUGCCUCUUAGUAUGAUUCCCUCAUCUGUAGUGUUCUAGGUGGAUUACAUAGUCUCAGAGUUUCCUACCAGAAAAUUGAGCUGUGUAGCUCUAGGAAGUGAAACUUCAGAAGAAGAGAGCAGACUUUUAAGAAUACAUUUGGCUCAUAACCAUGCGGCUAGGAAAACCAAAGGGAAGUAUUUCUCGGAGCUCAAGCCAAGGAAAAGCCUAUGAGAACCCACGCAAAACAGGCCGGCAGCGGCAAAAAUGGGGAAUGACUGUUCGAUUUGACUCAAGCUUGAGUAGACUGAGAAGAAGCCUGGAUGAGAAGCCUUAUAAAUGUACUGAAUGUGAAAAGAGUUUCAGUCAGAGCUCAACUCUUUUUCAACACCAGAAGAUUCACACUGGAAAGAAAUCCCAUAAAUGUGCCGAUUGUGGGAAAAGUUUCUUUCAGAGCUCUAACCUCAUUCAGCAUCGGCGGAUCCAUACCGGGGAAAAACCCUAUAAAUGUGAUGAGUGUGGAGAAAGGUUUAAACAGAGCUCAAAUCUCAUUCAGCACCAGAGAAUUCAUACUGGAGAAAAACCCUAUCAGUGUGAUGAGUGUGGCCGAUGUUUCAGCCAGAGUUCCCACCUUAUUCAACAUCAGAGAACCCACACAGGGGAGAAGCCCUACCAGUGCAGUGAAUGUGGCAAAUGCUUCAGCCAGAGCUCUCAUCUUAGGCAGCACAUGAAGGUGCACAAAGAAGAGAAACCUCGUAAAACCCGGGGCAAAAAUAUUAGGUCAAAAACUCACUUAGUGUCAUCCUGGAAAGCUGGUACAGGUAGGAAGUCAGUGGCUGGUCUCCGCUAAGGAAAGGGCACUGCUUUGGCCUUUAAAAAAUAAAUAAAUAAAAGCUAUCUCUUUUAGAACUGGAGAUAUUUUGUAAUAGAGCACUUAAAUACUAUAUCCUUUCCUAGCAUGGAGACAUUGUAAUGACAUUGGGCUGAAAGAAACUAUGAGUCCAGCUGUUCUCAUCCUUUUUUUUUUUUGAUGUAACUUGGAGUACAAAAAACUGAAACUAUGUUUUGAGAGAAUAUAAGACCCUUGACCUCAUGUGAUACUGCUUCCUGCAUCAUUUUGACAAAAACAACCAUGUUUUGAUGACAGAUGUAAAAGUGCAGGUAUUCUGAUGACUCCUCAGCUUUAGGACUUCCUGUGGAAGGAGUAAUUAAAAGGGAGAAGAAAUUAAUCCCAUUAGUUUGGAAGUUCUGCAACCGAUGAGGAGAUUUUAUGUUUGUAAAGUUUUGUAGUAUAUUAACCAUUGGUUUGUAAGUAUGACUCAAGAUUCAACAUAUUAACAUGUAUUCAUGUUUGAAGAUUUUUAAUCAACAAAGCCCCAUCACUCUGUUAGCUUUUUUUCCCCCCCUUCUGCUUAUGGAUAGUUAUUAAUUAAAGGAAUUGAAUUUCCCUCUUUUACACCAAAUUCUUAGAGAUUCUAGAAGCCAAAGUGAGAACUGAAUUAGACCACAAGUCUCCUAUUCUUAGAAGCACAGUUCUUUGAGGUGGUGUUACACUGUGUCACUUGUUUUCCAGAAGUUGGGGUGGGCUUAUGUUGAUCCAUCCCCAUUUGUAUUUUGGUAUUCUCUUAUACUCUGACAAAUUGAGCUAGCCUUUUAGAUCUACAUGAAUAAAUAAUUAAACCAUAUACCAACACACCUCAACUUGUUAAUUAGAAAUCUACAAUUUACGCACUUCCCUGCUUUCCCCCUUGGGGAGUUUUAGGUAACACUGGUUAUCUUAAAUGUUUGUCAACAGCGAAAGUCAUUUAAUUCAAGUGUUGGUGCAUUUGUAGCUCCAUGUGUAGAUUUUGAAAUGUACGCUAACUUUCUCUGAGUUAAUACGAAUUAUUUAUGAAGUCUAGCAUACACGUUUCUUAACUUUUAUCAGAACAGUGCCAAGUGUCAGACUUUCUGAUCAGCCUUCAGCUCAGGUUUUAAUUUCUAUUGAAUGCUAACAUUCUUCUGAUUUUUUUGUAUCUUUUAUAAUCAUACCAGUUCCUGCUGUAUUAAUGACAGUUAUCUAUAAAAAUAAAACAAAAUGGAAUAUUUUGCAUACUA